AUGGCUGUAGGCCUCAAUCUGAGCAUUACCAGUGAAGGUGGGAAAAGCUGCUCUGACUCAGUGUGUGUGACGAUGCUGCGUCGGCUGGCAUUGCUGUUUGUGCUGGAGCUGACGGCCUGGGAUGUGGCGUCAGACGGUGAGCCACUGGUGCAGAAGUGCUGCGGCCAGCAGCAGGUCCUGGACGCCGGACACGUGUGUCGCAGAGCGGGAGCAGACGUCAGCUGGGACGACGGAGGCGACCCCUGGUGGUGGCUUCCCAAGAACUCUGUCAGUCUCAACCACUCGCCGACUGAUACGGAAGCUGUGACGCAGGCACUAUCCAGCUUGAGAGCAGUGUACAACACGACGGCACCCUGUGGCCAAGAGUCGCGCCUUGAGCUGGUCAACUUGCCGGGAGAAGACAUGGACGAGUUCCGCUUGCACAUUGGACAUCAAAAAGUACACCUGGAGUUGCUGGUGUCGGACAUGUCCCCAGAGGACGCGCUAUUGCCGGCGCACUCCUUCUGUGUGGACGGCGUGCGCGUGGGCAGCGAGCUGCUGGACCACCAGGCCUACGACCUCACCGGCGGCGGCGGCUGCGUCUUCGUCACGGAAGAGGAAGAGUACCGCGACCCCAGUACCGGUCACUGGCGGCCAGCGCCAAUGGUCAGUCUCUCUGGUAGUCCUUUUGUGACGCCACACCCUCGAGGGAUGGCGAUGGAGUCGUAA